CGCGGCUGAGCGCGCGCGUCGCCGGCAGCUGCGCGACCCCCAGAGACCUCUCACGGCUCCCGCUGCCGCCCCCGAGCCGCGCACGACAUGAGCCAGGCCGGCUGGGCCGGGAAGAGGACGAGCAUGCUCCCCGAGAUCGCCGCCGCCGUGGGCUUCCUCUCCAGCCUCCUGAGGACCCGCGGCUGCGUGAGCGAGCAGAGGCUGAAGGUGUUCAGCGGGGCUCUCCAGGAGGCACUCACAGAGCACUACAAACACCACUGGUUUCCUGAGAAGCCAUCCAAGGGCUCUGGCUACCGCUGCAUCCGUAUCAACCACAAGAUGGACCCCAUCAUCAGCAAGGUGGCCAGCCAGAUCGGACUCAGCCAGCCCCAGCUGCACCGGCUGCUGCCUCGAGAGCUCACCCUGUGGGUGGAUCCCUACGAGGUAUCCUACCGAAUAGGGGAGGAUGGCUCCAUCUGCGUCCUGUAUGAGGAGGCCCCGCUGGUCGCCUCCUACGGGCUCCUCACCUGCAAGAACCAAAUGCUGCUGGGCAGGAGCAGCCCCUCGAAGAACUACGUGAUGGCCGUCUCCAGUUAGCUCCCCUGCCACCCCCACCUGGCACUCUACUGUACUCAUCCUGCCGUGACAACAGGCCACAGCAUACCUCAACCUGGGGAACUGUAUUUUAAAUGAAGAGCUAUUUAUAUAUAUUAUUUUUUUAAGAAAAGGGGAGAAAAAAAAACCUAAAGAUUUUUUUUAAGAAAAAAAUCCUUAAAAGGUGCUGCUUGGAAGCAGCCUCCCCAGGUGCCUUUGGAGAGAACUGUUGUGCGCUUGAAUCUAGGAACCAGUGUCUGCCUAUGGGAGGGGGGAGCGGUUAGGGGUGGGCCUGACCAAGGUGAAGUGGGAGAAGCUUGGCCAGCACCUCAAGAAAAUGUGAGAGGGAGCAAGCAUGGUUAGCAGCUGUGAAUGAGAGAUAGGAUCUGCCCUGUUGGGGGUGGGGAUGGGGGUGAGGCUGAUUCUAGCCUCUCACUCCCCCAACCAGGACACCUGCAUCCCUGACCUCAGGGGCAUUCAAGCCUAGACUUAACUCGUGUUGCCUAAUCUUCACUUUUAUUUUCCUGAUGAGAUCCUGGGCAGAGAUUCCUUCUGUCCCAAGCAGCUUUUCUUAAAAUCAUCACUUGUUUCUAAUUCUAUCCUCAGGGGCCUGUAGAUGUUGCUUCCCAGAUGUUGCUUCCCCUUUUGUUUUGUGAGGGUCAGGGGAGUAAGGCAGGGUUGGAGGUUACUGGGGUUGGGAUGGAAGGGUACUCUGCACAAAAACCUUUGCUUUGCAAUAUGCUGCUCUGCGUGUCAGUGUGGCCAAUAACUUGGGGGUGACUUGCAAUGGAAUUUUAGAACCCAAAGAGUAUCCACUGGGUGGUUACAAAACCCUUCUUUUUGGAACCACAUGAAAGUCCUAUUGCUGCUGCCGUUAUCCCUUUGAGAGGUGGCUCAAAAGCUACAGGGAACUUCAAGUCCUUUAUCACUGCCUUCUUUUUAAAAGCACAACACUCCUCUCUAAAUCUCCCCACUCCUCUCCCCUCUGGUUGGAUCAUGGAGCUACCCUAUUUUCUAGAACAAGAGUUCUCAGUCACUGUGCAAUAUGGCCUCCUAGUCCCAGGAGGGUGUGGAGAACGCCCUCAGAACCCCCUGGUGCUCUGGUGGACUGAGGGAGCCAUCUCUCCCUCUGCCCUUGGAACUGUGGCUGGCUGCUCAGCCUUGCAGGUAUCCCUUGGCUGAACCAGGAAAGCCCAAGUUCUGUAGGAUUACUUGGCGUCCUUGUAGGGCUGACACUAAAAACCAAACAUUGGGCAUUGUUUUUCUCCCUGGUGCUCAGAGCACCUCUGGGAGAGGUUGCUGUCUCUCUCAGUGCAAUCCAAAUUUGUCUGUAGACUUGUGCAAUAUUUACUGUUCUGGGUUGGAGAAAAGUGGAAAACUACCUUUGGUUUCUCAGUGACAUUAGUGAGGGGUCCUCAGAAGGCCUUGAGUUUCCCAAACCUGAAUCACCUUAAAAGGGACAUAGCUAGAACAUCUUGUCAGCCUGGCUACCCUCCUGCUAUUCACCCUUAGUGAGGAACCUUCCUCCCCAACCCCUAAAGUCCCCUCCCCACUGAAUUCCCCCUUCCUGGGUUUCUUAACUACUCAAUUCUAACUCAGAGGUGCUAUUUACCAAACACUCUCCCAACCCAUUCCUGCCUGUUCUGCCCCGUUUUCAACUCUCCAGGUCCAAGCUGUUUUCCCAGACCCUGCUCCCACUCUUGAUUGCUUUAAAAGUGACUUCUGGCCCACAGACCCAAGAGCUUAUUUUCUGGCCUGUGGGUUGAAACAAAGCUGUGAAUCACUGAAGAUUACGUUGUUGCAUAUUGCAAACAGGUCCUGCCUUUCUAGAAGCAGCCUUAUGGUCUCAUGCUUAAUCUUUUCUCUCUUCUCUUCUUUUUGAUGUUCACUUUAAAGACAAAAUGCCCAGAGCUGGACUGUUGAGCAGGCCUGUCUCUCCUGUUAGGUAAAAUUAAAUAGUAGUACGUUUGUAAGCUAUUCUGAAAGAAAAGACAAAGGUUACUAAUUGUACAAUAGUGUUUUUAUAUGGAAGAAUGUACAGCUUUAUGGACAAAUGUACACUUUUUUUGUUACUUUAAUAAAACUGUAGCAGAUGAAGUUGUGUGGUGUAGAGAAAAUUCUACAUCACUGAUUUGGGUGUCUUUCUCA